AAUUCUAGACUCAGUCCUUCUCCAACUGUCGGAUCCGUUACCAUCUUGGAACAGCUGGUUGCAGUCGUAGACGCGUCUGUUUCGCUGCACAACGUUUCACGAGCUUCGUGAUCGACUCGGUGACCGUUCACGAUCUCCACACUGCUGCAGCGCGACCACACGAUAAGUACUCCGUCGCCUGUGAUAGGCUCCAAGUCGGAGCCGGUGGUUCUUUAUCAGGUGUGAUAUGGUAAUUAUGCGCUUUACAAUUUAUCAGCGAUUGCGCCCUCAGCCCUUUGAUUUGGCUAGUCGCUUUCGUUGAGCACUUCGUGGACUACCGCUUAAGGGCACAAAGUUUUCAUACAAUCAGUGCUCGGUAGACCUUCUCAUUUAUGACUCUACCUUUUUGAAAAUCUUCAACACUCUUUACAGCCUGAACUCUACAAUUGAAAAGCAAUUGUUUUCAAGUCGCACAGCCCGAUAUCCUCUCCCCGCAGAUUGAGGGUAUCGACAACAUGUCUGCAUUCCAUAAGUUCUUCGAUAUACAACCCGUGUCGAACAUUACCAACCCGGAACCAACAUAUCAAAAGAGCAAAAGCAAAGCACCUCAAACACUUGGUGAUGUAGGUGUAUUGCCGGAAGUUGAACUCACGGACUUUGCUUCUCGCAAUACAGACAAUGGUCGCCAGGCUUCAGUCUCGGAAUUUGAUAUGCCAAAGGGUGCGCAAACCCCCAAGACUCCCAAUGAGCUUGAGAUGAGUCGCCCGGCUACACCGACUCGAGAAGAUGCGGUUGGCAGGGAGAGGAUGUGGAACGCUGAGCCCAUGACCAAAUGGAGGAUCUUGUGCUGCUGCAUGAUCUAUUUCUCAAACGGAAUAAACGAUUCAGUUGUUGGCGCUUUGAUCCCAUACAUGGAGUCGUACUACCACAUCUCAUACUCGAUCAUGUCUCUGGUCUUUGUCGGCAAUGCCAUCGGUUUUAUCUCUGCUGCCUUUUUCACCAAUUCAAUUUUGGGAAAGUUCGGAAGAGCAAAGACGUUGAUAUUCGCAGAGUUGAUACAACUAUCUGCAUAUAUUAUCCUUGUGUGCACGCCUCCUUAUCCUCUCGUCAUCGUAUCCUUUUUCUUAUUAGGAUUUGGUGCCGCUAUCAACCUAGCACUCAACAACGUGUACUGCGCGAAUACGCAUCCACCCAGUGUCAUUCUUGGCCUGGCGCAUGGUAGUUAUGGCGUCGGAGGAAUAAUAGCACCUAUCAUCGGGACAGCGAUUGUUUCGCAAGGAAUCCUGUGGUCACGCUUCUACUUCAUAUGCGUCGGGCUGCGACUUUGCUGCAUCGCCUUCGCCGCAUGGUCCUUCUGGUCAUACAGGGAAGACUCUGAGGAGACCCUCUUGGAAGCCACGACCAGCAGGCAAACUUCCGCAGAGAAUGCCGCGUCAAAGCUGAAGAACUUAAAGCUCGCCUUGAAGAACAAGGUGACCAUAUUCGGGGCACUGUUCAUUUUCGCAUACCAAGGAGCCGAAGUGAGCAUCUCAGGCUGGUUCAUCUCGUACCUCAUCAACUACCGUAAUGGGGACCCUGCGAAGGUUGGAUACGUCACAGCAGGCUUCUGGGCUGGAAUCACUCUUGGCCGUUUUGUACUCACUCAUGCUGCACCCAAAAUAGGAGAGAAGAAAUUCGUCGUCAUUCUCACAAUUGGAACAGUAGGCCUUCAGCUUCUGGCAUGGUUGACGCCGAACUUGAUUGGAAAUGCGGUCGCUGUAUGCUUGCUGGGUUUGUUGUUGGGCCCUGUCUACCCUUGUGCGCAGACCAUCUUUUCUCGUCUCAUGCCUCGUCAUGUUCAAACAACUGCAAUCGGCUUCAUAGGCGGUGCAGGAAGUUCAGGCGGUGCAGUCGCUCCAUUCACAACUGGUGUCCUCGCACAAGCCUCUGGUACUUGGGUGCUUCACCCUGUUGCAAUUGGUAUGUAUGCCGUCAUGAUGGUUUGCUGGUUCGCAUUGCCCAAGGUGCGCAAGCGAACUGAGUAGAGUUACCGAUCUUGCGACAAUGUCGGGGUCAGUGGACGCCGCAACCGAAAUGUUCGUCUGAUACGAGAAACGCCAUGACAUCAUCUCGAUAACCGCGUUCCUUACGGGGUCCACGGAACGCGUUGCUUGUGCACCAACAAAACGACCACAUCAGCGCUUCUAGUAUAUAUGAAGACAGUUUUACUUUUCUUGAA